AAUUGAUUUCAGAUCCAUGAAAUUAAAAAGACAAUACUUGAUUUGAUUUCAUUCGCGAUAUCAACCUCAAAUACAAAUGCAGUACAUCAACAGUUCAACACAAAGAAAUUAAAACAACCAUGGCGAAAAUUUUGGAAGAAAACAGAUCAGGAUCGGAGGGAGGGAUCCCACCCACGGGAUCAAGCUCCAACCUUUCCUUCACCACCCUCCCCCAAAACCUCCUCUGAUCAGAAAACAAAAACCAAGGAAAUGCACAGUCUCCUCCGGUGAUCUCCUUUCUCUUGCUCUCACCUCCGGCAACCCCAAACUCAGACCAAAAAGAACAACCAAGAGAGCCUCCCAAUUCCUAACCCACAACUCUCUAUUUAUACCCCUCAUCCAAAACCCCUCAAUUUUUUUUUUUUUUUUGGUUUUUACCGUUGCUCGGGUGAGGCCAAAACUGGCCCUGCAGAACAGCCAAGCAAUCUGGGCGUGAUGUCAUCCUGCAGGUUUGUCUCACGCACAGCAGCAGGGUCCACGCAGCAAAGGGGCGCAGAGCAAGGGAAUCUGGGUGUGAUCGGGGUGCAGGUUCGGAGCAGCAGGGGCGCAGGGGCGCAAAGGGGAAAGUGCAGGCGCUGGGCGCAGAAUCCAGGAGCAGAAGCAUGCAGGCGCAACAAGCAGGGGAUCGCAGUCGCGUGCUCGGUGCAGCAAGCAAGGUCAACGGCGCAGAGCAAAGGGGAUCUGGGCGCGGGCUUGGUGCAGGCGCAGGAACAAAGGCGCAGCAGAGGGUGCAGGGCAGGGGCGCAGGCUGGUGCAGGGCCGGUGCAGGGGCUAGUGCAGGGGCUGGUGCAGGGGCUAGUGCAGGGGCUGGUGCAGGGGCGCAGCAAGCAGGAUCGCGCAGGGCAGGAAAUCUUUCCUUUUUUUUGUUUUCUGUUCUGCAGCCCUCCUCCUUCUUAUUGGCAUGCUGCUGGCUUUGGAAGAGAGAGAAGGCUAGGGUUGGGUUUUUUUGAAGGAUAUUCCGUUCGUCCCCUUUUUUUUUUUUUUUAAAGUGGGUUUUGGGUAGUGGGCUGGUUUUUUAUGGUUUUUGGGUUUGGGUUUGAGUUAAAUGAGUAUUGGGAUUUUGGGCUUGGGUUUGAUGGGCUUUGGGUUUGUAAAUUCAUUUUGAUGAACUUCACCCCUCCAACUUUUAAUUUCUU